GGCCAGCCUGGUCUACAGAGUGAGUUCCAGGACAGCCAGGGAUACACAGAGAAACCCUGUCUCAAAAACAAACAAGCAAAGGCAGGGAAAAUGUUACUGGGGACUUGGUUGGUGGCUUACUGAGAAAAGGAAGGGCUGUGCUAGGGUGACCUUAGUUCAGAUCCUUGGAGUCCACAUAAAAGCUGUGUGUCUUGUAACCCAAGACUAAGUGGACAGUUGGUUGGAUCCCAGGAGCUUCCUAGUUAACUGUUCUAUCCCAAAAGUCUAACUCCAAGUUCAAUGAGAGACCCCGUUUCAAAACAAAGUGGAGAGCAGCACAGGAAGACGCUUGCCAUUGACUUCCGGUCUCCACACGUGCAUACACCACACCACACAUGUGGUACUGGGGUAGCAUGCGGCCCUGUGAAGUUCCCAGGGCAGGGCACCGUCCAAGCGCCCCUCAUAUUUCGUCCUCACCACAAAGCUCUGGAGUGAGUUGUCACCAAAAUCUAAGAAAGUGUCUUAAGCAAUUGUCCCAGCACUGAGCAGCUGGUGGAUGAUGGAGAAGGGACUCUCACCUCUGGGGAAGUAGGUUUAGAAGGAUCCACUUUCCAGAUGAGCAAAGAGCCGAGAAAAGAAGAGUUGCCCAGUUCCCACGUGAGUCUCUGGGGAGACCCUCCCCCAUCCGAGCUUCUGAGCCAGAAGCCCAGAGGGGUGCAUGCUUGAAUGUGGGUUCCUAUGAAUAAUUGAGGUUCCUAGAAUGCCCCACAGCUGUCCCCUCUCCCUGAGCCUGGGAGGGGGUGGUGGUGAUGUCAUUUCCUCCCCUGCGGGGCCACUAUACCUGGGUUAUAAGGCGCUGGCACUGGCUGUCUGCCCAGCAGAGAGGUCCCGGGUCUGGACUCCCCACCAUGUCGCUCCGUGUACCCACCUCAGCGGCACUGCUGCCGCUGCUGGCACUGCUGCUGGGGGCUGCCUCCUCAGCUCCCCUGAUGCCCAGACCCUCCAAGGAGGAGCUAACCCGGUGUCUAGCAGAGGUGGUCAUGGAGGUGCUGACACUGGGCCAGGCCCAGAGAGGCCCCUGCACAGCUCUGCUCCACAAAGAGAUAUUCGAGACAGAGCCCCAUGGCUGUGUGUGCCCUGAGGAGAAGAGGUUGCUGGGUAGAGACUUCGACAAGCAGGAGUCUGGAAAGAUGACGUCCAGCCAGGAGAUAAGGGAGGAGGAAGAGGAGGAAGAAGCAGAGAGGACCCACAAGUCUGAGGUGCGGGAACAGGCGGUCCACACUCAGCUCCAGAGCCAGCUUCACCAGGAGGAGGAGAAAGAGGAGGAAAAGGAGGAGGAGGAGAAGAGUGAGCCAGGGAAGACCGCUGAGCAUAUGUGGAAGCCAUAUCUAGAGGGUGCUGGAGACCUCCAGAAGCGGGUGGCUGAGAAAGCCAGCGAUGCAGAGGCGGCCCAGUUUCAGGCAGAGGAGAAGGGCAUGCAGCUACUGGACGGAGGCCGGAAUCUGUGGCAGGGGACCAAGAGGGUCGGAGGAGAGAGGCAUGAAGAGUCCUCGAACCACCAUCACCACCUGGAGCAGCCAGGCACCAAGGCCAAGCAGGAGGAAGAGGUUUUAGAGCAGGAGGAACACGAUGUGGAGCGGCUGGAGCGCAUGCAGGAGCAGUUAAAGAAGGCGACCGCCAUGCUGGGGGAGGCUCUCGGGAGGGAAGGCUGACCCCUCUCUACUCCUUCCCCACGCUCCCGAGCUCAGGACCGUUGACCUCAGAGCCCCCCUUCGCCGGGCAUCCUGCUCCACUUCCAACUGGCAGGGACUGGAACGCAAGGAUGUGCCUGAGAACCAAGCCUGAGUGGGCGGGGCUGGGUUCAGGUUGGCCCCGCCCCCAACUCCUUCAUCCCUCUGAGUGAAUAAAGCACAAAGCAAAGCA